AUGUUCUUUAAGGUAUUUUGCUUGUUGGCUGUGGCGGUGGCCGUAGUCUCCGGCCAUGGAUACUCGUCGCAGUACAUCCACCGCCACGACGGCCACCACCAGCUUGUGCACCACGGACACCACCACGACUACUACACUCACCCCAAGUACGAGUUCGAGUACAAGGUGGAGGACUCGCACACCGGCGACCACAAGUCGCAGCACGAGCACCGCGACGGUGACGUCGUCAAGGGACACUACUCGCUGCACGAACCUGACGGCUCCGUCAGGGACGUGCACUACCAUGCUGAUCAUCACUCCGGUUUCCACGCGGACGUGAAGCACAGCGUACACCACAUCGUGCCUCACCAUCAUCAUCAUUACUAAAUCAAUCUAUUUAGUUAAACUGUUAUACUCUGUUGUAUAGAUAAGCAUUACUUUGGUAUUUGAUCUGUUAUACAUUCUAAUAAACACUAACGGUUAAAACAUUUACU